AUGGCCAAGACAAAGUCCAAGAAGCGCAAACAAGCGCAAGCUCAAGCUCAAUCCGAUAACCCUCGAAAGAUCGCAAAGACCACUUCCCCUUCAAUCCCGACGCCGCCUCCUGAUGGCACGACCACGCACUUCGAACCCAAGAACCUCCAUACCGUUGUAUCCGAAGAAGAGCUCGAGAUUACCAUUGACACUCUCAAUUCCCUCGCUCAGUACCCCGGCUUGAUCAAGUCAAAGCUGUGCAAGGAUUUGAGAGUUGCUGUCUACGACUUCAGACAAGCUUGUACGACUGGUGUCAACAAUGCUGCUGGCGCGAACCUCACGGCGCAGGUCACUGCUGCUCUUGCCGACCGGAAAUACACAGAUGCUCGAAUCCUUCUCGCGGAGAUGAAGAUUCGUGGUGAACAGCCUAAGCUUGGUGCCCUUUGUCGAUGGGUACGAGAUCUUGAUGUCAUCAGCGGCCUCUCGACGAUUCCCGAUCAACAAGGUCUCGUCAAGCGCUCGGAGAGGGAGGAGACACUCAUUAAAGUCAUUGAUGCGGUGCUUCGAGUCUGCGGCCACGAAGACCGAAACCCCAAUGCCAUCAUCCAGCCCUCAUCAAUUGCUCUUCAAGAGAUCUGGGAUCUUCGUCCUGAUACUCCAACCGAGCAACUCUAUGCCUCGGUCCUCGAUGGAAGUCUCGUUGCUUCGGCGCCCGAGUCUCUCAAGAAGAACAUUCGCAUCAUCGAGACAACACCCGGCCCCGAGCGCAAGCCGCCGAACCAUCACGACGCCAUACUUUACGCCUCGACACCCGAGGCUGUUCCUCUUUCGACAACACCCCCGCCUACAACACAUCGACCGCAUCCUGUCGUGCAAGGUCUAAGCGUCGCCACCAAUGUUCUCUAUCCCGAAGAGUGCAAGGCUAUCAUUGCGGCGGGCGAAUACGUCAAUUUCGUGCCUGAUGCGCCACUCCGAGAAGAUGGGGACAUCAGUAUUCUGGCGCACAACUUUUACUGGGUUGUCGACAAGACGUUCCACGACACGCUAUGGUCGCGCAUUCAACCAUUUGUGCCGGUGUCAAUGAACGGGCGUUUGGCUCGCGGUAUCAACCGCCGCUUCCGAGUGUAUCGAUAUGUCCCAGGAGCAGAGUACCGAGCACAUAUCGACGGCGCAUGGCCCCCGAGCGGCAUUACGAAGGACGACAAAUACGUGUACGACGACUCGCCGGCCGAGAAGAAGCAGAGCUCGCUGUUCACAUUCUUGAUCUACCUCAACCAAGAUUUCGAGGGUGGCGAAACCACAUAUUUCCUCCCGGCUGCACGUGAAGGAAUCCUGAAUGCAUACCCUGUUCGUCCAGUCAUGGGCGGCGCAGCCAUCUUCCCUCAUGGCGAGAUCAACGCGACAUUGCAUGAGGGUACUGGUGUGCGAAAGGGAGCGAAAUACGUGAUCCGAACCGAGAUUGAGUACGAUGUCGAACCGACGGAAGAAGUAAAGAUCUGA